UAUUUUUAUGAAACUGUAGGAGAAUACAAAGUGACCUUGCUGAUAUACAGUGGUCUUCCUGAUCCUGUUUGGACGAUUGGUUCUCAAAAUGAGAAGUUCCAACAAAUAAAAGAGCUUCUGGACAAGGCAAGAGCCAAAGGCAACAUCUUCGGUUACAAAAAUAUUCCUGCUCUUCUUGGGUUCAGAGGUUUCUUAGUACAACAAUCAGGAGCACAUGGAGAAGAACUGAUUUUAGGCAAAGAGACAGGGGACCUGCAAAAGCUGCUGCUUGACACCAUGCCAAAAGAGUCGAUAAAAGACAACUUGCGCCCGAAAAUUUUACGGGCCAUCGAUUUAGGAACUGUCUCGCCUAAAGUGCCUGAUGCGACCCAAGAUUCUUUGGCUCCAGUCAGUUCUCAAGUUCCCAGCAAAGAAGACAAGAGCGGUGUUGGGGUGAUACAACACUAUGCACCUAAAUAUAACCCGGAUAGGUGGAACAAGAUCCAAGUGAUCCUCCAAAAUAACAACUGCUACAACUACGCAAACCAAAAAAUCACCAACAGCUUUGCUCAGCCUGGAUAUGCCAGCGGCUAUAAGCCGUACCCAUAUCCCAUGACUCCAGGAAACGUGAUUAAGGCCUGCGAAAGUGACGGCUUAGUAAAGAUGGAUGUGGAUCCAAGUGCUCCUUGCCCCGAAGCACCACCACAACCAAACUGCUUGAUAGCCCUGUUUGUUGCUGAAAGUAAGAGUGCCUACCUACCCCUCCCCCAAACCAACAUUAACACUUACUUCUCACUUAGGGCAAAAUGUUGGCUUAGGGGAGGGGUAGGUGGGCUGUUUCGCAGAAAUGUAUAGUGAUCCGAAAAUUAUCACUUCUUGAUUCUCCGGAGUGACCAUAAACAAUCAUUUUUGUCUCCUCCUUUUCUCCAUCCUUCAGUGGCACGGAAGAAACCCGUGGGUGAGAACCUGCAUUUUCCCAAUACAUAGAUGGUAAUAAGCAUUAAUUUAGGCUAUUUAGAUCCUUAUUUGCUGAAGAAAAGAAAAACACAUUUCAACUUUGAGAAAUUAGCGGAAUUCCGAUUGUGUUGAAAUUGUAUUAUUGUAGCAAUAAAAAAUUUAUAUGAUUUUUAACAUUGGCAUUUACAUUGCAGUUGAAGUGAUAAGAGGUUAGAAAAUAAGAACCUGUUUCAAAUUUUAAGCUGAAGAGGUUUUUGUAUUGAGAGGGCCUAACUGGCAAACUUUAAAAUCCAGGUCUUACUCAGUCGCAGGUUUUUACUGUACUUCUGUAUACCGUUAUCAUUCAGUUUGGAAGCUUCUUGUAGUAAUUUCGUCUUUAAAAAAAUGAAUGGAAACCCCACACCAUCAUGGACUGUAAGCUAAUUAACGAGAACUUUCGUAAUCUCGAAUGGUGGGUGACUAGAGUUCAGUGAAGGUUUGAAUGGGCUGUUAACCACGCUGAAAAUACAUUAAUUUGCUUAGAAAGGAGCUAACUAGUGCGGCCUCUUGAAUUGUAAUCAGGGUAUUGAAGUUUGUGCGAUUACCGACAACAAUUGAUAAGGAAAAUUAUACUAUACUUGUGAAGAAAAAAGUCUAAACAAACACAUUUCUUUAUUUUUAGAGGUGGAUUACCAUUGUUAUCGCUUGGAUAGCAAUGGAUUCUGGUCUCAAAAGCUUGGAGCAAAUACAGUUACUGACCUUGACGGAAAAGGAAACAAGAUCACUGACCCAAGGAAAGCUGUCAAUCUGCCGUAUGGUCCCGAUUACAAGUUUGUUACUUUCAUGAAGAUCGUUACAAAUAUUAUUGAUGGACCAAUUAGCCCAUAAUCUCAAAAGGCUGAGUUUUUAAAGUUUCAAGGAACUUUUGCAGCAUAUGAACUUUAGGACUACGCCAAAAUUUUAAAAUUGUCUCUUUUGUCAUUCAGCAAAAACGUAAAAUAGAUUUUGACUUUUUAACUUAUAGUUUCAGUACAUGAACUUUAUCGUCUUUUCGCCAUUUAUUAAUUUAACAGCAUCUAUUUUUAAAGAUUUCAUUCAUAUAUUUAUAAUCAACGACAACAACAACAGUAACCUUUAUUUGCAUGACUAUAAUUUAUAUAACCUUACAGUAUUGCAAAAGGUAUACGUGAAAUAAGAACGAAAAGAGAAAGAAAUAAUAAUUACGAUAUAAAUAAAUAAAUAGAUAAUGAAUAAAUAAUAAUUUGGAGGUAGCACAUCCACAAAGUGGUUCUUCGUCUACCUGAUUCCUGGUCGAAUUGGAAUUUGGAAAUGCUGGCUUUUAAGGAGAAGGGAAAACCGGAGUACCCGGAGAAAAACCUCCCGGAGCGAAGGAGAGAACCAACAACAAACUCAACCAACAUAAUAACAGAUAA